AUGGUUAUGAUUUUGAUGUUUAUUUUGCUUGUUCUGUUGGAUUCUUCAGAAUCAGGCCGUGCUCCAACCUGGGGUUCCUGUGGCUGUUAUUGGGCUGAAUGGGAGGGUUGGUCUGAUUGCAAUGCUGCUUGUGGCGGAGGACGUAGGUACAGGACAAGGAAGGUAUGGCACAACGAUGUACCUGAAUGUAAUACUUUUGGGCAUUGCGCAAGCAACGACAUGGGCUAUAAUUACGGAGAUUGCAAUACUUUUUGUUACCAAGGAACGUACAAUUCCUAUUGUAGUUGUCAAGCAGGAUGGUAUGGGAGUUGUUGUGAAAAUCAAAUAACAUGUGGAAAUCCGGGUAAAAUAAGCAAUGGACAAGUGACCGGAUCCACUUAUACAUACGACAGUACAAUUUCGUAUCAUUGCAAUCUGUACUAUAAUCUAACUGGUGGAACCAGAACUAGGAGAUGUCGAAUCAAUAGCGUAUGGAGCGGUCGUAAACCCCGUUGUGCAUUUGUGAAUUCCUGUGCCAGUAACCCUUGCCAAAACAAUGGAACCUGUGUUAAUGGAUUGGAUCGAUAUGACUGUGUUUGUACAAAAAGCUUCACGGGGAAAAAUUGUGAAACAGAUAUCCAGCCUCCAGUAAUGACUGGUUGUCAUGACAACAAGACAGUCUAUUCUUCAAAACCUGAAAUUUUCCUUAACUGGACAGCACCCAGCUUUUAUGACCCAGUAGGAAAAACCUUAACGGUUUCAACUAAUUAUCCCGAAAACAGCUGGGAAUUUCCAUGGGGAGAUUUUACAGUUCAGUAUGUGGCUCUGAAACCCUCAAAUGGUUUGCGAACAAGCUGUUUAUUCAAUGUAAAAGUCCGACCUCAUCCUUGUCAGGAUCUAAAUAUUCCCCAAAAUGGAGCAAAAGUUUGUAAUGGUUGGAAAACUGAUUAUGGUGAAUUUUGUCUGGUCUUCUGUGGCCCUGAGUACAGUUUGGAUAUGAGAUUCAGCCAUCGACAGUGGUAUGUCUGCGGAGCAAGUGGAAGAUGGGCACCAGAUGGAACUAUGCCUCACUGCACAGGAAUUUUUUCCACAACGGAUGAUGACAGAUUCAGAUACAAUAACUGCUCUUCUACAGAUGAGAUCAGCAAUAUACAAGAAACCUAUCUUACGGCUCUUAAAUCAUCUGUGUAUAAUUACUUCUGCUCCAAAUUCAGUGAUCUUUGUCAUAAAGAAAAUGUUCAAGUCUUUUGCACAUGAAAAUGAUCAGAACAUCAUUAUAACAUUAGCAUACUAGUAUUAUACUGCAUUUAAUGUGCUUUUUCUAUAUACAUGUACAAUGUAUUUAUUUUCAAUAACAUACAUGUUUUUGAGGCAGCACUUCCACAGAAGCCCUCGACCCUCCGUUGAUACCUCAUCUGCGGUACAUUUGAUGUGUUUUAACCCUUUUUCGAAGACAUUUUCUGAAAAUAUCCGUUCAUUCCCUUUCUCCAUAAUUAAUCUGACAUUUAUAUAUUUAUUCCCCUUUGCUAUCAUUUUUUUGUAUUCCUUAUGCUAAUAAAAAUGAAGUUUGUAUUAGUUUGAUUAAUGAUAAUAUACAGGAUGAAGUUUGUAUUAGUUUGAUUAAUGGUAAUAUACAGGAUGAAGUUUGUAUUAGUUUGAUUAAUGAUAAUAUACAGGAUGAAGUUUGUAUUAGUUUGAUGAAGUUUGUAUUAGUUUGAUUAAUGAUAAUAUACAGGAUGAAGUUUGUAUUAGGUUGAUUAAUGGUAAUAUACAGGAUGAAGUUUGUAUUAGUUUGAUUAAUGGUAAUAUACAGGAUGAAGUUUGUAUUAGUUUGAAUAAUGAUAAUAUACAGGAUGAAGUUUGUAUUAGUUUGA